AUGCCUCACCGCAGAUCCUUGCUCCUCACGGCUUUCCAACACAACCUGCUCCGAUCGCAAGCCGGCUCCCAGAAUUGGCACCCAACUGCCAGCCUCGGCAGCACACAGCCUCUGGUGACCGCACCCCCGCCAGAGUUUCUGGCUCCAGCGACCCGCCAGACCAAUUGCCGUUGGCUCUCGCACGUCUCGUCUACUUCGCGCCAAGCACACAUUCUCGAGAACGGCACUUUGGCAAGCUCUUCGUCAUCCGUAUCCCCCGAGCCGCCACGUCUCGAGGGCAGCCUGGCCUCUGCGCCGCCCCUUGGGGCAUCGGUAACCCGUAAUCCAUGGUGCCGUAAAACCUACAGUACGGGGGAGCACGCCGUUUCCGAACCGCUCACACCCUCCUCUGAGCCAACUUGGCAGGACUUUGCCCGCACCGUAUCCCAGUCCGACCGUCCCGAACACAAGGUGAAGCAAUUGCUGCUGAGCGAGCCCUUUGCUUCCGAGAGGCGCACCGCCAGCCAACGCCAGGCAAGCAUCGGCUGGCGCCACCUUCACGGAAGGCUCCUCUUUGCCCUACUGGCCAGGCGCGGCACCCAUGGCGCAGAUGGACACGGCUCCCGCAGGAAGCCGCCGCCGUUGAGGCUUCGCUGGAGUCGUACCGCGGCCGCUGCCUUCCGCCUCAUGCAAGAUCAGACGGCUCCCGGUUGCUUCCAGCUGCACUUCCUCGCCGACCUGGCAUACCUCGCUGGCCUGGCGUCGCGCCCGUCCCUAAUCGACCGAAUCCAUCUUGCAGCCCGUCAGGUCCUCGAAAUGCCUCGCUGGCGACAGCGGCUGCAAGCACACGCCGACUUCCUCGAUCAAUCGAACGCAGCCAAGGAGUUGUCAUGCGAGAAAGCGGAGACGGGCCCGGAUCAGCUGCGAGCAUCGCCAUCUCAACUCUCGAGGAUAGGUCGGGUCUACCUCAGCUUGAUGGCUGCCUAUGGGAAGAUCGGCAAGUACGACAAAGUCCAGCAAUCCUUUGACGAGCUCAGAGAGACUCGGGUUGCUCCGACCAUCCAGCACUAUCAGCUUCAGCUUCUCGCCAUCUUCGCUCACCACAUAGCCAAGGGGUUCGAGCUAGCAGGCCCGCUCGAACGACGCAACGCCGCAGACAAAAGGACACUGCCAAGGAGGAUCUCUGACGACGUUUCCGAGCUGCGGCGCUGCAUGGACAUGCACGGCGUAGAACCGGACGAUACCUUCCUGGCCUCGAUCGUGCAUGGCUUUGGAGCUCCGUUGCGCAGCCCGUUGUCCCAUGCGCUGCCGAAUCGCGCCGUCCACCCUUUCCUCGGACCAUCUCGCUCCUUCGUCGACGCCUUCCUUGACCGAGCCGUCAGAAGCUCGCAUCGGAUGGCAGUCGAUUCGCGCGCCUACCAAAGCGAAAUGGGCCUCGUUUCGAGGACGCGAGCAAGGCUUCUAGACGCACUGAUCCAAGUCGAGCUCGAUGCCCUCCGCUUCACCGAGCAGCACAAGGAGCAAGGCAGGCUUCGGAGGAUUCAAGGGCUGAUCCAGUGCGCAGCCGAGGCUCAGGCGAGUGCCAUGACAGCAAUCGGCUCUUCGACACCGAGUCUGCACCAAUCUGGACCGAGCAGCGCAGCUGCCGGAUACAUCCAGGCCCGUGUCUUGGCAGGUCAGGCUCGCCUCGAUGCGGCCCUGUCGAUUCUGCCUGCUCUCCUCGAGAUGCCCAAACACGGACCCUCCGAGGAUGGGCCCGGUAGCCGCAGCCAUCGCGAUCACGUGCUGAGACGGCGCAGCAUCGUCAUCAUGCUCUUCUCGAGCGCUAUCAAGGUGCGGCAUUCGUCAAGACGGCGCGACUACGCCUUCGAGGUCCUGGACGCAGCCGUGCGGCACGAAUCGUUCGCCGAGCUCUGGAAGGAACGCGUCGAGCCUACCGGGUGGCUCGCCGACUCGAAUCCCGACGAUCGCGACCCACACUGCACUUGGAAUCGCCUGUGGAAGCGGUACUUGCGGGCGUGGUCCUCGGAUGUCGCCAACGGCCGGUCGUCGACGGGAUCGCGAGCGUCGACGGAGCCCUGGAAGGUUCUCUCCGACUGCAUCACAUCGAUCACCUUCAUGCUCGGUAGGCUCCAACGCAGCCGGUUCCAUCGCAGACCUUUUGACACCCUCGUCAGCGAAAAGGGUCUGGUGCGGGCGAUGCUGCAUGCAGCCGCCGUCGGAGGAAGAUGGACCAAUGACCAGACGCCGGACUCGGCGACGCGAUCAGUGGCGCGGAUCGACAGGGUCCUUCGGCUCUUCAGUUUGGCCCGGGUACGACCACGGAUCUGGAGUCUAGCCCGCAGCAUACUGGUAGAGUACGGAAAUCGGCAGGAGCGGCCGCAGCUUGCCCCGUCAGCCUUGGCGGAGGUGCUGCGAUUGCUGAACGAGUACAGCCGUGACCAGGCCGCGCCGCCGGCAGACCUCGGCGAGACCAGGGCAGGGGGCCCGCUCGGUGCCGCGGACACAUCGACGCUGCGCACGCAAGGUCAAAAGCAAGUCGGGGAAGCGAGUAAUUGA